UAAUGAUCCACGGCCCAAAGAACUGGCUCUGGCGGUGGUGGCACCGGCACCUGUAAAUCUGCAAUGGGGAAGGGUUUUGGUGGUGAUAAGAAGUUAAAAAAAAAAAAAAGGAUUAGAAGUGAAGAAGAGCAGAUGUUGAUUAUGAAAUGGAAAGCGCUGACAAGAAGAUCACUAUCUGAUGCUUCCCCCUUGAAGAUGAAGCAGUCAUCGUACUAUUAUUAUUCCAAGUUUCUUUCUAAUGCUUUUGGAGAAACAGAGUUGGAAAGCAGCAGGAACGACAUCGAUAUCCCCACUUCAGGAAUCAGCAGGCCCCUCUCCGAAAUCCUUAAACAACUCCACAAGAAGGUCCCCGAUUCCCUCGUCAGGCAACGCCUUGAGGAUGGAUGCUCUGUCAAAUACAUCCCUUGGCAUAUUGUCAACAGGAUUAUGAAUUUACAUGCUCCAGAAUGGUCUGGUGAGGUUCGGAACAUUACUUAUUCCCCCGAUGGCAAGUCUGUUUCUGUUGUUUAUCGUGUCACACUCUACGGGACUGAUGCUGAGAUAUAUAGGGAAUCGAGUGGGACUGCUUCAGUGGAUCAUUCAGGCUAUGGAGAUGCUGUACAAAAGGCAGAAGCAAUGGCAUUUCGUCGAGCUUGUGCACGCUUCGGUCUUGGGCUUCAUCUUUAUCAUGAAGAUAUGUUGUAGCUAACUGGGCUUUGGGAAAUUGUAGCAAAAACUUAACAUGGUUGGGCGAGAGUAGGUCUUUCUUUUAUGUAUCCGUACGCGUUGGAUGUUUGAAGAGCCAGACUGCAAAUUUUCAUC